AUGAGGUUGUACACUGGAGGGGGCUACACCCGCGAAGAACGCAUCUGUUUCGCGGAGAUCAAUCGCACAAACAUUGUCCAGGGAAUCCGAGUCGUCCUCGAGGCAAUGGAAUCGAUGGAGAUCCCGUUCCAGUACAAGAAGAAUGAGCAUCACGCAGGGAUGAUUCUCAUGCAGGCGUCCCAGCCCAAGGCAGAAUACCCGGCAGAGGUAGCGACAUCAAUUACGGAGCUAUGGGCCGAUUCCGGAGUUCGAGAAGCAUUCAGAAGACGACACGAAUACCAGCUGUGCGAUAAUGUGUCGUACUUUGCAAGCCAUGUCCAGCGGCUGAUCGCGCCCGGGUAUGUGCCCAGCCAAGAAGACAUUCUCAGAAGCAGGGUCAAAACGACUGGAGUCACAGAGACGUUGAUACACCUGUACGACAAGAUUUUACGAGUCUACAACGUGGGCGGAGUGAGGGGCGAGCGGAAGAAAUGGAUCCAAACUUUUGAGAACGUGGACAGCAUUGUUUUUACGGUCGAUGCUUCCGCCUACUGUCGGAUGUUGUUUGAGGACGAAACGGUGAAUCGUAUGCAGGAGCAGCUCGAUCUCUGGGAAAGCAUUGCAAACAGUCGCUGGUUCACCAAAAUCGACUUCGUGCUUGUGUUUACAAAGGCCGACUCGCUUCUGGAAACCAUUGAGCUGUCUCCCAUCUCUACGUACUUCCCCGAUUUCGGAGAGCCCGUCGAGACUGGUGGUAUAGCUCAGCUCAUCGACUCAUACCUAGCGUUUCUGGAGGGGCGAUUCCUAUCGCUCAUGGUAUCGGAAGAAGCUCGCCAGCGAACAAAAGUUGUCUUCGCUGACUUGGUCCACAUUGAAGACAGAAACCCUGCCGGUCUUGUGCUCGAGAAUUUGAAGCUAGAUCAUUGGCUAAGGUGUGAGACUUCUGUCUGA